AUGUCUUCCAAAAGUUACUCCACAGGGUCUGUUGUCUUAGCCUCUCCUCUCUCUGUAGGCCUCAAAGCCAAGGACCAACAGUCCCCAGUCCGGGAGCUUCAGCCACUCCCAAAGGCCAAUGCUGAGGCCAUUGACUUCCUCAACUCCCUCACUGAGGAGGAGCUGCAAAUGCUGUUCUUCUCUGAGACCCUGGCCAUUGUCUCGGACUCCGGGGAGCCUCAGGGAGAGCUGACCAUUGAGGUGCAGACAGGGAAGUAUAAGGAUGAACUGGGUAUCAUGUCUCACUGCCUCAUUGUGCACGCCUUUAGCCGAGGCUUCCUGGACAAAACGCUCAGCGGAAACUCCCUCCUGGGCUAUGUCUCCAGAAAAUUGGAGCUCAUGGAACAACACAGUCAAGAAUUCAUCAAGUUCUUCGUCCUCCCCAUGGAACGGAAGACAAGCUUGCUGAAGAAGGACGAGCAGCUGGUCGUGACCAGGAGCGUCAGGGAGGGUGAGGAAAUGAAGACUAGCACGUCUGUAUUCUCCUGGCACUCAACUGCGGGCUUCCUCUCUGAAGCUGCCAACCUGGUGCUGCUGAGAGUGAUGGCCUGGCGCCGGACAGUACCCAGUGAUGCCCGCUUCCUGGCCUUCGACAUUGAGGGCAAACUCGGCUAUUGCACCUAUCAAGCCCUGGGCUUCCAGACGAUCCAGGUGGGCCACCAGGAGGCCGAAGUGUUCAUCGUGGAGCAGGCUGUACAGUCGGAUGAGGGCAUCCCCUCGUCCUGGCAGUUCUACUUGCUCUCUGAUGGGCACCUGGCUAAGAGAAUCCAGGUGGGCUCCUCAGGGUGCUGUAUUAUCACCAAAAUGCCAGUCUUGAGGGAAAAGGAUGAGACUGAGCCUCCACCCACGUUUGAGAAGAAGCCCCUGCUGUGGGAGGAGGACAUGGAGCUCUACUCCAGGUUCCUGGAGCGGAAGGAGGAGUACCGCCUCAGCCACACCCGCUACCUGCGGCAACACCCCGAGGCCCAGGCGCUGGUGUCGGACUUCCUGCUCUUCCUGCUGCUGCGCCAGCCCCAAGACGUGGUCACCUUCGCCGCCGAGUAUUUCGGUUCCUUCGCCGCGCACCGCUCGCCGUCCCCCGCCCUGCGCUCCUCCCACCGGCCCAGUCCUUUCCGCUCGCUGGACCCGGAGGAGAACGGCGGCGACGACCACGACGACGACGACGACGACGACUAUACCUAUGACUACGAGUUCGGAGCGGAUUAGGCGGGCCGGGCAGGAAGCGGGGGCGUCGGGGCUGAGCCACCCCGAGACCAGACGCGGACCGGACGCACCGGGGGCGGACGCGCGUUCCGGCUGCGGCUCUUGUGGGAAUAAACGGGGUCUUCCCGCGGCCCUUCUGUACCAGCAGGGACUGUCCCGGGCCCUCGUCUUGUGCCUUGAGUCAAAAAUAGGAACCGUUAACUUCGUUUAUGGAGCGAGCCUUUCUUCCUAGACGCUAGUUUCACCAUUAUCCCCAUUUUACAGAUAGGAAAAUAAAGGCCAAGUAACUCUUAGAGUAGGGAAGAUGAAUUCGAACCUGGACUUUCGAGCCCACAGUCUGAGUCACUAGGUAGCAGGGAUGCAGGGCUUGACACUCAGAAUCGUUACAGAUUACACUAAGCAUAACCCUCCUCCCCAUCCCCAGAAAAGGAACGUAGGAGGAGGGUGUGGGAGGCACGUGGUCCACUCCAGGCCUUGCUCAGCAUUCUUGGGCUCCAGGUCCUCUGUGUUCCAACGACACGCAGGGGUGUGCACGGGGUUUCCCCAGUCACCCACUCUGGAGGGAAAAAAAAAAAAAAGGACGGGGGAUGUCUCCUUCUUUAGGCUCCUUGCUUACUGUCCGUUCUGGCCAGUGGCUUGAAUCUGCGGGCGGUGGGCUAUUAAGCAAGCUCCCUUGAGGCUGCUGGUAACGAGGGUGCAGGCUCUGUGCUCCAUCCAUGCUUCCAGUUGGGCCUGAAGCUGGGAGAGGAGGGUCUCUGAGCAGCUCUGGACCCCGGCGCAUCCUAGGAGCUGUAGCUACAAGGCUGAGUGAGGAGUGUGGCUGGCUAGCUGGCUAACUGACUGUCCAGGACCAAGGAAUCACCAAAAACGACUGCAGGGAGAACCAGCACUUGAGGUGACCUUGAAGAGUUCUCUCUGGCCAGGCCUCUCACACUCAGCUUUCAUUGGUUGAAACGGGGUGCCAUGAACUUCCCCAGACAGGCCCCAAACCUCAAUCCUCCUGAUUGUUGCCUCCUGAGUAGCUAGGAUUACUGGCGUGUGCCAGUAACCCAGCCCUACUGCUUCUGACAAGGGUCUUCUUGCUAAGUCAACCCAUGGUAGAAGAAGGGGAGGGAGGGAGAGAGGGAGAGAGAUGAAACUUGCAGCC